AUGAUCCGAGUAUUUCUGAUUCUCGCUGUGAUCGUAACCAGCACUUGGGCCACAGACUACCUCCUGCUGCCCGAGGAUGCAGACUUGUAUGUGCCGUGCACCGAUGGACCUCCCGGAUCGGUUAACCUCCCCGAAGCCUUCGACAUGAGGAAUAUAAAGAUCGAUCAGGAUGGCGAAGACAUCCAUUUAACGGGGAACUGCACGUCCGUGUGGAGCGUACCACCCACAGAUCGCAUUGACGCCAGGAUUACUGUGAUGCGCUUUGACCGCGGUACGUGGCAACCCACAGUGCUCAAUAUUCACACAUCGAAUCUCUGCUCCGUGAUGUUCGAUAAGAAUCAAUAUUGGUAUAAAUUCUGGUUCAAGUCCUUUAGCAACCGCGAGGAGAUGAGGGAGAAGUGCAUUGGAACGAAGGGGACCGUUCUGACAUACAACAAUUUUACUGUGAAGCCGCGUCUGAAUAACGUAAUUGGCCCUACUCUCCACGGUCGCUAUAAGGCGGUAAUUACCUUUGAACCGUUCGACGAAAAUAACAUAAAACGACCGCUUUCUGUGUGCUUCGAGGUCAGGGGCUAUAUUGAGAAAAUAAAAUAGUUAAGAAUUUGUAAAAACUAA